UAUGGAUAACUGUAACAUAAAAUCGCCUUGAAGUGAUAGUAAAUUGACUUAAGCAAGUUCUCUUAUCGAGCUCCAAUAUUGGAUAAGCAAUCACUUCACUUUCACUUUGAGACUUGUUGAAAGAGCACGAGGUUCAAACGGAAGGCCUCCCUAGUGAUAAGCAUCAUUGUCAUCUCCACUUCACUCAGUAAUUCACUCACUUUGUUCUUCCUAUUUCAUAUAUAAAUUGAGCAUCAGUUUGAUAUCUUCAAAUUCUUCUUCCAACUCCGAGAGAAUUGAAAACAGUGAAGAGCAGAGAUGUUUUGUGGAUUACUAGCUGGAAAAUUCUCUAAUAAAUGUAAGCAGGCCGUGAGGAUCACAAAGGUGAGGAUCGAGCAGAUCAAGAAGAAGAAGAAGCAGGCGGUGGUGUGCAUCAACAAGAAGGACGUCGCAGGCCUCGUCGCUGGCUGCUGGCAAGCCAACGUCUUCAAAAGGAUGGACGCGCUCAUCCAUGAGAUGAACCUCGUAUCUUGCUUGCUACGAAAUGAUCGAAAAGUUCUGCAAUUGCAUCGUGGAUCAGAGAUUGCCCUGAAGAAGCCAUGGAAGCAGCAUCAGCCACUAAUUUUCGCCGCAGCAAAAUUUCACGGUUUGCCAGAAUUACGUGAUCUGAGGUCUCUAUUUGCAAAACGAGAAUGGAAAUGCAUGGAGUCAUCUGUGAAUUCUGAGGUAUUCAUCUCUUUCUUUGUUUCCAGUCUUUCACUCACACACUCACACACACACUCUCUCUCUCUCUCUCUUCUCUCUCUCUCUCUCUCUCUCUCUCUCUCUCUCUCUCAAUCAUACUUUCUGCCCCCACGGGCUGGAUCAGCUGGUUAAGUACCUACAGCUUGCCAAUAAAAUCGUGGGGUCAAAAGUCGUCAGUUGUAUUCGGGGAUAAAAUCCUGGUGUACUGCACCAAAAAUUCCUUCGACCCCCAGUCACCUAUCCUGCCCAGCAUUAAUCGUGAUUUACUUCCUUUGAAAUCUUGUGGGACCAGGGCCAGGGGACCGCUAGGGUAACGGUUCCACCUUUUGCCAAUACUUUCCUGGCAGCUUGAGCUGAUGAAAAAUAUUGCUGAUGAAUUUGAUCGACCAAAGGAAAUUGUAUUACCACAGCAUGAGGAGAUUAAUGACGUUGUUCAGAAACAUACCAGGGACUCCUUUGAUCCAGACAACAUUGAAGCUCACCGAAGUCGAAAAUUUGAUGAGAAAUGUGAGCUUCCACAGAGCAUGGCAGAGGAUCACCAUGAGCUGGAUUGUAGUGUAGUGGAGAAAGGUGUGUCGUUUCAGUGGAAAUUUUGAAUGCAAAACGAGUGAAUGGAAGGGCUACUCCAUACACCAAAGCAGAGGCAAUUGAUAGAACAAGAGGAAAGGUAGAAGACCAACUGAACAAGAAUACGAGUGGAAGAUAUGUGAAUCCACCUUACCUUGUUCACCCAAAAACCAGUGAUACUACAAACAAGGUUGGAGAUUCUCAAAUUGAGAAGCCAAUGCCCCGUACUGUUAGGAGAAAUAGUAAGGAGCCAAUCAUUUGUACCAAGGAUGAUGCCGUUAGCAUUAACAAGCCUGCAAAAGCUAAAGCAACUCCUCAUUAGCAUUAACAACCAGCAAAAGCUAAAGUAACUCCUCAAAGAGCUUUCUUGUUGCCAUCAGAAUCAGUUAGUACAGCUGAAGCUAAACAAACACAUGUUCGA